AUGAGGUAUUUAAGGAGGAGAUCCAUUAGGUGGCACAAUUACAACCUAGAUAUGUUUCUGUUGUCAGUGGAUGAGGGCAUUACUGGCUACAUGGAUGAUUCUCUUAAGACCAUCAAAAGAAAUGAAAUCCAGUAUGGUUUGCCGCUAAAAAUAGUCUCAUACAAGGAUUUGUGUGGGUGGACUAUGGAUGAAAUAGUUAAGAUGAUUGGUCUCAAGAAUAAUUGCACCUUCUGUGGUGUUUUUCGUCGUCAGGCAUUUAUUCACCCAAAGCUUAUCGUGGUUUUGCUCACGAGUUCAUCAAGGAUUUGGAAAGAAUCAGGUGGGUUAGCUUGUUGUGAGUCCGUUUAG